AUGAGUCAACAAUUAAUUGCUGAAAUUACGCGAAUUUCAAAAAUAGUAACGAAAUUAAAAGGAGAAAAAAAUGAUGCUCAAGUUAAAUAUGAUGAGAUUAUUAAAAAAUUUAAUAAUUUUACAACAAAUAUUCAAGAUGCUAUCAGUGAUGUUCUUAAGAAUAUGAAAAUUGAUCAAGCAUCUAAAGAUAAUAUCAUAAAAAAGAUAAAAGAAAAAGCAGAUGAUAUUAUAGGAAAGAUGCCAGAAGAAAACGAUAAUAAUAAUCCUAAUAUCCAACCUGAAUUAGAUAUAUUUGGUGAAAUUAAUGAAAAAAUUAAACUUCAAUCAUUAAGAGUUAGUAAGAAGAUAUAUUUUGAAUUUGUAGAUGAUUAUGGAAAAGUAGAUAGAUAUCUUCAAGGUUUAAUAGACUUGCGAGAAGAAGUAAAUAAGCAUAAAUUUUUAGUAGUUUUACAUAAAACACAAUUAUUUAAUUUGAUAGAUAAUAAAAUUAAAGAAUUAAAAAUGGAGGAGGAUGAGGAUGAAGAAAUUUAA